AUGAAGAGUCCAUCAUCAGCACUAAUAGAUGUCUCAUUCUUUCUCCUUGUUUUCACUACAAAACCACUAGUCUCGUUGCCUAUUGCUUUGCGAGAUGGCAAUGGCAACAAGGUCCUCGUCGACCAGGAUUACUUCAUCAGAUCUCUUACUUGGGGUGCAGGCGAGGGAGGAGUCUUAACACUUCCUGGUCUAAAUAACACAUGUCCCGUUGACGUCGCCUGGGGAACUAGACUCUUCUUUAGAGGAAUUCCAGUAAGAUUUUCACCUGUAACCGACAUAAAUGGCAUCGUCAAUACCGACACCAAUCUCAACAUCAAUUGCCUCAUGAGCCUCAUGAAAGGUCCGGCCCUGGACCUCUCUUCAGCUGCAACCAGAGGACCGUCUAGAGGGUCGGUGACUACGUACCAACCAGGGGCAGGGAAGUGGUUCAUAACCAUCGACGGCAUCGAAGGAGAGUUCGGACCGGAAACCUACCCUAACUGCUUCUACAUCAAGAAGGUUGGUGGCACCUGUGAUUAUCCUUUCUACAAGUUGGUUCACUGCCCUGGCAGAAACAGUGCAGCUCUCUGCAAUGAUGUUGGUGUCAGUUAUGAGUAUGGUGGACGCCUUGUUCUGAGCAAAACCUCUUUCACUUUCAUAAUCCUCAAGAACAGAGAAGUCGGUGGUCACUCACAGGAGUAA